GACCCCCCGCCCCGCAGUUCUGGCCGCGGUCCCGGGGCGCACGGACGUGGCUCGGGUUUCCUCCGCUCUUCGCUCGCUCUCGCUCUCCCCCCUCCCGCUCUUCCUCCUCUCCGAGUCUCCCGCUCCAGCUUCAGCUCCACCCGGCCGGCCCCGCACGGCUCCGGGUAGCCAUGGAGGACACCCAGCUCCAUAUCAUCGAGCAGCCACUUCCCGGGUACACUGAUGCAGAAGACCCGGGGUCUUCCCCCGUGCGGGGGCCGGUGGCGGAGGAGCCGUCGGGGGCCGGUUCUGAGGAGCUGAUCAAGCCGGACCAGGUGAACGGCGUGCUGGUGCUGAGCCUUCUGGACAAAAUCAUCGGCGCGGUCGACCAGAUCCAGCUGACCCAAGCCCAGCUUGAGGAACGGCAGGCGGAGAUGGAGGGCGCUGUGCAGAGCAUCCAGGGCGAGCUGAGCAAACUAGGCAAAGCGCACGCCACCACCAGCAACACCGUGAGCAAGUUGCUGGAGAAGGUGCGCAAGGUCAGCGUCAACGUGAAGACCGUGCGCGGCAGCCUGGAGCGCCAGGCCGGCCAGAUCAAGAAGCUGGAGGUCAACGAGGCCGAGCUGCUGCGGCGCCGUAACUUUAAAGUCAUGAUCUACCAGGAUGAAGUGAAACUACCGGCCAAAUUGAGCAUCAGCAAGUCGCUGAAGGAGUCGGAGACACUGCCGGAGAAGGAGGGCGAUGAGCUGGGCGAGGGCGAGCGGCCCGAGGAGGACGCGGCAGUCCUGGAGCUGUCCUCGGACGAGGCAGUGGAGGUGGAGGAGGUCAUCGAGGAGUCCCGCGCCGAGCGUAUUAAGCGCAGUGGCCUGCGGCGCGUGGACGACUUCAAGAAGGCCUUCUCCAAGGAGAAGAUGGAGAAGACGAAGGUGCGUACCCGCGAGAACCUGGAGAAGACCCGCCUCAAGACCAAGGAGAACCUGGAGAAGACGCGGCACACGCUGGAGAAGCGCAUGAACAAGCUGGGCACGCGCCUGGUCCCCAGCGAGCGGCGUGAGAAGCUCAAGACCUCGCGAGAAAAGCUGCGCAAGUCCUUCACUCCCGACCACGUGGUCUACGCGCGCUCCAAGACCGCGGUCUACAAGGUGCCGCCCUUCACCUUCCACGUCAAGAAGAUCCGUGAGGGUGAGGUGGAGGUCGUGAAGGCCACCGAGAUGGUGGAGGUGGGCGCCGAGGAUGAGGAGGGCAGCGCGGAGCGUGGAGAGGCCAUCGACCUGCUGCGCGGGAGUAGCCCCGAUGUGCACACGCUGCUGGAGAUCACCGAGGAGUCGGAUGCCGUGCUGGUGGAUAAGAGCGACAGCGACUGAGAGGGAUGGCGUGGGGCUCUGCCCAGGCGGCUGCACCACCCCGCCUUUCCCCGCCCCCUCCCUGAUUCUUUUCCCUCCUGAACUUUCUCUUUCGCAUUCUUUCUCGGCCUCGAACAGGCUGACAUGUUUCUAAAUUGAGGACACCUUUCCCCGAGGAGCAGCCUUCCAAACUUAUAGCUGUUAAGAUGGGAGAAGGAAGCAGCCUCCACAAAGGACAGCCCCACUUUGGGCACAGUCUGGAGGGAAAUAGAGAGGGAAGUGAUUCAUGUCCUGGUUGUGCAAGUUGGGGAUCGUAGGGAAAAUGCUGUCAUGUCAAUAGUUGGGCCCCCCUGGGGCAGGCUGCCUUCCCCCCAGUCUCUCCUUCACACACCCCGCUGCUGUCAUUCCUGCCCACUGAGCUCUUCUUUCUCAUCCUGAUCCUUGGAGGCUUCAACGCCAAAAUAUAGGAAAGAGUGAAUUCUGAAGAAGAUCCUUGCCCAUAUGGGAGGCCCCAUACUAGAAGGACUUGAAAACAGCUUUUGGAGAGAACCUGGGCAGUGGAGGAGAGAGGGCAGAAUGAGCCAUGAACCUGGAUGAGGGUCUAGCACAGGUUGUAUCUGCAAAGGGUCCCAACAAGUAAGGCUGGAGCCAAGGAGAGCCGUGGGGAAGGGGGGUGGGGAUGGCACACACAUAUAUGUUUAUGUAUCUGCACACAGGAACACAUGUCUAUGGCUUUGGGAAGGAGAACAGGAAAUAGUAGAAGGUGGGUGGAAAUGGGUGAAGAGGAGAGCAUUCUCAUCAGUAGCAUGAGAAACACAGAACAAGAACCUCAUCUUACUGGGGUUCUCAGAGGACAGCAGGACCACUUCAGGAUAAGGAGGGAGAACAGUGAGGAAGAGAUGACCCAAACACUAGAGAGAGGUAAGCCUCACCCCAUCGCUCAAAUGGGAUUUGGAUGGUGCCACAGGGGCAGUCCACUUCUCGAAGCCCAGAAAAUUAGGGUCCCAGAAGGGGGCAGCACCAGGCUGCUGAGAGCUGGGAGUUAGGAGGGGGGCAGACUGGAGAGAGAGCAAGGUGCCAAUGGCUAUGCCCCCUAGCUGCGAGCUGGAGGGGAGGUGAGCAGAGUAUAGUAUCUCCGUGUAUAGGGCAACCCAGCCUUGCCUCACUCGGGGCAGAUUCUUCCCAAGAUCCUUCCCUAGAGCUAGUAUAAGAGCUGCAGAACUUGCCAAAGCCUUCUUGUCCUUGUGUGUUCCUCUCCUGAAUCUUUGGGGUAAGAGGGUUGCUGCUUCCAGGUUCUCCUCGGGAUGCUAAAGUCCUGCUGUUCCUCCCCAGUAAAGGGGGUUAUCAGAAACCAGGACAACCUCCUCCCCUGCAAGUCACAGCCCAAAGAGGACCCUGAAGGCUUCCUCCUUCUCCCCCCACCUCCUCUGCCUUAUUUUCCUGCUCUGCUUUUUAGAAUUGCAGCUAAUUGUUUUAAGGGGUGGAGGGAGGGAGCCUGGGGACACAAACCUUUUUUUACAAUACAAAGCUUUGCUCCCCCCACCCCCUUUCCUUGGUUCCCUUCUCUCUUCUGAAAGCUUCCAGACAAGAGACAGGUCAGCUGAGGGAGGAUGGGGAUUAUGGGACAAGGUUCCUUGGUGCUGAUGGGCUAAAGGGGCCUGAGUUGUGGGCAGAUGCAGUUUCCUGCAGGCUCUGGGGAGCCUCUCACGUUGCUGUGUCCUGGUGAGCAGCCUGACCAAUAAAACCUGCUUUUCUAAAAG